AAGCUCUCUGGCCCGCCCGUUAACGAAGAACAAAGAAGCCACCAUCGUCAGUCGACCAUCUUCUGUACGGGAUACUUUGCCCUAUAAAUAAACGACACCCGCCAUUUGCCGCUUCAUUUGAAAUCACGUCGCGGAGCUGAAAUUCUCUCGAAGCUGUCUCGGCAAUCUUCCCGAAUACCUGAAGAAGACGAUGAGCUCCAACACGACCCGGCCUGCGAAUUCCGGCGACGGGUCGAAGCGAGGCCGCGACAGUUCCGCCGGUUCGGCGAACCCUCGGAGCCGCAGCGACGGCAGUGGCAGUGGCAGUGGCCGUGGCCGAGGGAGCAACAAGAGGGCGACGAGGACGACGACGAAGAAGGAGGAGGAGAAGAGCAGCAAGCAGAAAACUUUAGGCAUGGCCUGGGGCGCCAAUUCUCUCUCCUCCUCGCGAUCCUCCUUCCGCAGUUCUCCUUUCUCCAAUUUCGGCAGUUACAUGGUCGAGAAGAAUAGGAAACUUCAGGAGCAGUUCCGUGCAGAAGCUUCAACUUCUUCUCACAGCGAUUCGAGUUCUUUGAAAGCUAUAUUUCAUGGAGUUUCUAUUUUCGUGGAUGGUUUCACUGUUCCUUCCAGUCAGGAAUUGCGAGGCUAUAUGUUGAAGUAUGGUGGAAGAUUUGAGAACUACUUCUCCAGGCAUCAUGUUACACAUAUCAUUUGCAGUAACCUUCCUGACAGUAAAAUAAAGAAUUUGAGGUCCUUUAGUGGUGGACUUCCAGUUGUGAAACCAAAGUGGAUAGCGGAUUCUGUUGCAGCUAACAAACUGUUAAGUUGGCUUCCUUACCAGCUUGACCAGCUUGCAGAUAAUCAGCCAAAGUUGUCAUCAUUCUUUGCUACUAAAGAUGACAAGCUGUCUAAUGAUUUUUUGACCAACGCUGUUUGUCAGUUGCAUGAUAUUGGGGAUUCAUCUUCAAAAGGUCCAACUUUGAAGGACAUUAGUUCAUCUGAAGUGGGUCAAUCAACAGAAUACGGAAGUUUACUCAGUGAAGAGUUAGGCAAGGAGAAUGCAGAUGUUUCGGUGAUUACAAAAUCAAUUAAUUGCACCGGAGAAUGUCCGGGAAGUUGUAGGACCGAAUCAAUUGACAUGGAUAAAGAAGAAAUGGGAAUAUUCAGGGAAGAACUUAAAGACAGUCUCAGUGAACCUAACGCUUCAGCUGGCAAUCACCCCUUAGACAGAACAAGAACGUGGAGUUUACCAACUUCUGGAGUCAUGAAACAUCCUAAUAAGGGCCAUUCAACUGUAGAGGAUCCUAAUUUUGUAGAGAAUUAUUUCAAGAGUUCGAGAUUACAUUUCAUAGGAACAUGGAGACAUAGGUAUCGCAAGCGGUUUCCUAGUUCUCUCAACCGGGUUAAGUGCACAAGCUUUGAUCUUAAAGCAUCGGAUGAUUCUAAAAAGACAUGCGUCAUCCAUGUUGACAUGGAUUGCUUCUUCGUUUCAGUGGUCAUCAGGAGCCUUCCUGAAUUACAUGAUAUACCUGUGGCUAUAUGCCACUCAGACAAUCCAAAAGGCACUGCUGAAAUUUCAUCUGCAAAUUAUCCUGCUCGAGACUAUGGAAUUAGGGCUGGUAUGUUCGUCCGAGAUGCCAAAGCACGUUGUCCUCAUCUCGUCAUUUUUCCAUACAACUUUGAAGCUUACACAGAGGUGGCUGAUAAGUUCUACAGCAUAUUGCAUAAGCACUGCACAACAGUGCAGGCAGUGAGCUGUGACGAAGCAUUUUUAGAUGUCGCAGAUUCAGAAGUGGAAGAUCCUCAGCUUCUGGCUUCUAUAAUAAGAAGAGAGGUUUUUGAGACCACUGGAUGCACUGCAAGUGCUGGUAUAGCUGGGAAUAUGCUAAUGGCUCGCCUAGCUACCAAGACUGCUAAGCCAAAUGGUCAGUGCUACAUCCCCUUAGAAAAGGUGGAUGAAUAUUUGUGCAAGCUUCCUAUAAAUGCACUUCCUGGAAUAGGGCAUGUUCUAGAGGAUAAAUUGAAGAAGCGAAAUAUAUGGACUUGUGGACAGCUGCGUAUGAUGUCAAAGGAUUCUCUUCAGAAGGAUUUUGGUGCGAAAACAGGGGAGAUGUUGUGGAAUUUCAGUAGAGGAGUGGACAACAGGAUGGUCGGCACAAUUCAGGAAAGCAAGUCAAUUGGUGCUGAAGUUAAUUGGGGUGUGAGGUUCAAGGAUGCAAAAGAUAGCAAAUUGUUUCUUGUAAACCUUUGUAAAGAAGUCCAUUUGAGGUUGCAGGGAUGUGGAGUUCAUGGGCGAAAGUUUACUCUUAAGAUUAAGAAGAGAAGGAAGGAUGCUGAAGAGCCUGCAAAAUACAUGGGUUGUGGAGAUUGUGAAAACCUCAGCCACACAAUAACGGUUCCAGUUGCUACAGAUGAUAUAGAUGUUAUUCAGAGGAUAACAAUGCAGCUCUUUGGAUCAUUUUAUAUAGAUGUCAAGGAGAUUCGUGGGGUUGGCCUGCAAGUUUCCCGCCUUGAAAGUGCGGACGCUUCUAAACAAGGACUCGAAAGAAAUCAAUUGAAGUCAUGGCUUGCCUCUACCUCUGCAAAUCGAGACAUAGGUUCAGAGGGCCAGAAUGUGGAUGGGGCUUCAAGUAAUCUGUUUCCUCACUUAGCUCGGAAUUCCAAUCAAGUUGACAACAGUCCAUCAGAUUGUAAAGCUUCUUUGGAUCGGUCUGUCACACGACCAGCUUUAUGUCAUCUAGAUGUUGGAGUCAUAGAGUCACUCCCACCGGAAGUCUUUUCUGAAUUAAAUGAUGCUUAUGGAGGGAAAUUAGUUGCGUUUGUUUCUAAAGACAAGGGCAAGUCCAACAGCAUAGGCGAUGGUGAAGUCAGAGGGAGUUCUCCAUCCAUGCAUUCACAGAAAGUAGUGAAAGGUUGGUGCCUUUCACGCAUAAAUUUAUUGCUCGCUACUUUUAGUCUGGCUACUAACUAG